AUGAAUCUGUGGUUUAUUGCCCUCUGGGUCACGUUGGUGAAGGCCUGGGUCGUCAACGAAGGUACAACAUGCACCUUGUACCCCGAGUCGCUUUCCCAUCGCGGGCAAGCCGUUGAUGAUUCUCCUUCAAUUCAGCAAGCAUUUGAUAUGUGUGGUACCAAUGGCACGGUCAUUUUCUCUAAGAACUUGUUCCAUGUCAACACCGUUCUCAAUACCACGAACCUGUUGAACUGUGAUGUUCAUCUCCACGGAGAACUGCGCUUCUCUACCAACAUCCCAUACUGGAGAACCCACACCAUCAGCGUUGUUCUGCAGGAUCAAGUCACUGCUUGGCUCUUUGGUGGUACAAAUGUCAACUUCUAUGGCGAGGGUGGCUUCUACAACGGCCAGGGCCAAGAAUGGUAUAACGCCAACAGAAACCAGUCGAACCAGCCAGGACGGCCAAUGAGUAUUACAUUCUACAACUCGACCAACCUUUUCUUCUGGGCCACCUUUGUCUGGGAUAGCAAGAAUGUAACCUUUACCAACUUGUUCGUCAACGCUACCAGCAACAGCAAAUGGGGCACAAUGAACACUGAUGGCUUCGAUUCCUGGAAGAGUGACUCAAUUCUCGUGGAAACCGCCACUAUUAUCAUGGGCGACGAUUGCAUCGCCGCAAAGGGUAACACAACCAAUUUCCACGUCAAGAACGUUUACUGCGAAGGAGGAACAGGAAUCACGAUUGGUUCUAUCGGUCAAUACCCCGAGACACCAGACUACAACCUCAACACCACCUUCGAAAACGUGCAUGUCAAAAACGCAAUGGAUGGUGCUUACAUCAAGACCUGGCAAGGCACACGGAUCUAA